UCUUCAAUUUCAUUUAAAGUCGCCGGCCGCCAUUAAUCUUGUGCUAAUCGCAGUCUUCAUCGCCGCCGUUAGGGUUUUAUAAACUGUAUUUUCCGGCAACCAAAUAUAUAUAUAUAUAUAUAGAGAGAGAGAGAGAGAGAGAGAGGGAGAGGGAUUUUGUUUGAGAAAGAGAAGGAAUCAUGUGGUAUUUUUGCGUGUUCUACCACAGAUUGUUAGAUUUCAGGAAACCAGAAGUGGAAGCCCUAGCAGAGAUGUUUGGAGCCUUUGAUCAUAGUAACGACAAUGUAGAUGAGGAGAACCAAAUUAGCAACGGCGGGCCUCGAAACCAUUCGUUGAAAUGGCGGCUGCCAUGUAAUCAUCACCAAGACACUCCCUUUCAUUACGUCGAUCUCCCUUCCGAGGAGAUUGCUCGAAGUAUUGCCCAGCGCAGUAUUUUGGUGAAGGGAAUGUAUGAGCUUUGGGGAGAAGGAAGUAGUUAUGAAGAACUAGAAGAAUCAAUUAAAAAUUAUCCAGAUGAUCGAAAGUUGCCAUAUUUAGCUACUGGAACCACAUUCAAGGUCAGUGUUGAUUGCUUUGGGAAGGCUAUGAGUUCUAGUGAACAACAAGAACGCAUCAAGAGUAUGGCUUACAUCCCAUUCCAGGGUCGAGUGAGUUUAAAAAAUCCAGAACACAAAUUCUGGCUUAUGGAAACUGAUGACUAUGGAAAAAACAAUGGGCUUCCUCCCAUUAUCGAGAGGAGAAUCUUUUUUGGACGAGAGGUUGGUGCUGCUGAUAGGAGUCUUCUGCCUACUUACCAGUUAAAAAGCCGAACUUAUCUUGGUCCAACAGCCAUGGAUGCAGAAAUGGCCUUUUUGAUGGCCAAUCAAGCUUUAGUUACAAAUGCAAAACUUGUCUAUGAUCCAUUUGUUGGCACUGGGAGUAUUCUUGUGGCUGCAGCUCAUUUUGGAGCAAUGACAAUGGGUGCAGAUAUUGACAUUAGGGUAGUACGCGAUGGUCGUGGCCCUGAUUGUAACGUUUGGAGCAAUUUUAAGCAGUAUGGAUUACCAGCUCCGCUUACCCUGUUGAGAGCAGAUAAUAAUCUUCCUCCUUGGCGUACUGGGUUAAAAGAGAUAUUGGAUGCGAUAAUCUGCGACCCUCCUUACGGUGUAAGAGCUGGGGGACGCAAAUCUGGCGGCAGAAAGCUAUUAAAAGGUACAGUCAGCCCAUAUACUGUUCCCGAAGAUAAACGAAUAGGCCACAUACCUUCAACCGCUUCUUACUGCUUAGCUGAAUGCAUACACGACUUGCUCGAUCUUGGUUCAAAGAUGUUGGUUAUGGGCGGUCGCCUAGUUUACUUCUUCCCUGUUCUACACGACGAUGAUUCAUCAUCCAGUCCUAACUUUCCAGAGCACCCUUGUUUCGAACUGGUGGCAUCCUGCGAACAAAUACUGAGCUUUCGAUACAGCAGGGUAUUAUUGACAAUGGUGAAGAUUAGGCCGUAUAGUGAAGAGCUAGAGGAAGCAGCUAAAAUUAAACAUUUGGAAUUUAAAGAGAAUCAUUUGAAAUGGAUGGAAGAUGGUAAUUUGCAUUCAGCUGUUUUUACUCCAUCUGAUCAGCUUGUUGGUGGUGUUGACAAAACAAAAGGUAAGGAUUCUAAUAAACCUAGAUAUAGAGGAAAAUAUGUCUAACUUAUUGAGCAGUUAGAUCUUGGCCAUUUGUAUUUGAUAUUAGAUAAAUUAAUCCCAUUUUUCAAAAAGUGUUUUUUUGAUGAAAUAUGAGAGAAUUUUGACUUU